UACGAGUUUAUGACCAAAAUGAUACCACACGGGCCAAGGCUCGCUUUCUGUCUUGAGGCUAUGUCACAAGCAUUCGCAGGUGUUUCGGGCCGCAACGUCGCUUCAUCACUUCUGAUUCGGGCUGGCCACGUAGCCAGGCGACAUUCGGAGGGUGAUGCCACGGAGUUGCGGGUCAUCCUGACCGGGACCGUUGUCCAUGGCCCGACCGGCAACUACGAUUCAUAA